AUGCUGAGCAACCAAGCUCUCUAUUUGUUUUUGCGCCGACUUAUUCAGAAAAACUCAAAAAAUUAUCAUGAACAAAUCCAAAUAAAAGAUGAUUCAAUCGGAAACAGUUAUGAAAAAAUAUUCGGUCGUUUUCUGGAUGAAAAUGUGACACAAGUCGAUAUCCAAGAUCCAUACAUACGAGCAUUUCAUCAAAUUUCUAAUUUUUUACGUUUUUGUGAAUUAUUAAUUAAAUCACGAGCAAAAGUUGUGUGUAUUAAUUUAUUAACAAGUCAAGAAGCGAAUGAUCAAGCAAAACAAACUCAAGCUCGACAAUUAAAUGAAAUCAAAGAACAUUUACUGCGUAAAUAUUCAAUUGAUUUAAUAAUACAAUAUUCAAAUGUGUUACAUGACAGAGAAAUACGUUUUAAUAAUGGAUGGCAUAUCAAAAUUGGUCGAGGAUUAGACUUUUAUAAAGCACCUGAAUUUAAACUUGCAAUUGGGAGCUAUGAUCUUGACUUACGACCGUGUCAUCAGACUACUAUAGAUAUUUUUCAUGCUGACUCAUUUUCUGCAAAAUCAUCUUGA